CAUAACUUUUUUUUCGCGCCGAGCCCUACUCGGCUUUAGUUUCACCUCACCUCAUAGUCAAUUUUGCAACACUACACCAACUAUCUCGCAAAAAUAACCUUUUCUGCUGCAUCCGCAGACCUAAUUAUGGCCAACUCUACCUGCGCCUGCAGUGAUCUAGCUAAUGCUAAUGAAAGACUAGCCAAAGCCAACAUGACGAUUGAAACACUUAGACGUGACAUUCGCCGGCUACAAUGCGAGGUAGUCAUAAAAUCCCAUAACACCACGUUGAAACACCAAACCAGUAAUACUAGCGCCAACCUAACUACACUAUCUUUUUUCCCCAGCCACAGCAAACACCAGCCGAAGUCCCCCCCGAAUCCACCGUGCUCCACUCCCGCGCGUCGUAGCUGGACGGAGGUGGUUAACGGCGGCAGGGGAGUACUGCAGAAAUGUUCACCACCUCUAGUGACUAGCAAUCGUUUUUCUGUACUUGACUCAGUCAUCGAUGCAGAAACUGACCCUGUCCCCCCCUCCCACCAGGUGCCCAAGCCUCUACCACAAAGAGUGCGACCCAGAAGCCGCCGGACCCUCGCUACCCCCAGGCAAAUCACCCGAGAGCAGCCUGCCCAUUCAGAACCCCGGCGACCAUCAACAGUCCUCAUAGGAUCUUCGAUGGUUCGCCACGUAACCCUACGAAACGCCCAGACGUGGUGCCUACCUGGAGCUCUCGUAGCCGAUGUCCAGUCGAAUGUGCCGGACGCGCUGUCACAGUAUCCUACUGCCACAACUCUCAUCGUCCACGCAGGCUCCAAUGACAUCCGGCUGCAGCAGUCUAAAAAACUUGAGUCCGAUUUCCUCUCCCUUAUUAAUACCCUUAGCAGCACUGGAAAAAAAUACGCUAUCUCAGGCCCCAUCCCCUCUGUUUGUUUCUCUGCCUUCCAGUUCUCCCGAAUCCGCCAACUGCACGUCUGGCUGAUGAGACACUGCCGCCAAGAAGCCAUUCCCUACGUUGACAACUUCUCCGCUUUCUGGAACCGCCGAAACCUCUUCGCACGAGAUGGAAGGCACUUAAACAGAUCUGGCGCUCGUCUCCUCGCGACCAACCUAGAGCUGACCCUCGAAGCCCAUCGGUCCUUGGAUUGACUAACAGCUCUCAGGUCCACUGAUGCCAAGCUGCUAAGGACCCCCACCCCCCCGCAGAAGAAGAUCGGCGACGCCGCGUUUGCCUGCUAUGCGCCCAAGAGAUGGAACGCCCUCCCCAUCGAGAUCCGAUCAGCCACCUCCGUCGACUCCUUUAAGAAGCAGCUGAAGACCCACCUCUUCAUCCUUGCCAACUCCUAGCUGCCAAGGCGUCAUAGUGUCCCAGCCGCCGCAGCGCCCUUACUACUCGCAAUCCAGCCCUGGCAGGGGGCUCCCCUAGGUGGCCGCUGGUCUCUGCCUGAGGUUUCUUCCUGACUACAGGGGGUCUUUUUUCUCAGACCUCACUGAGCUUUUUUUCCCCCUCACAAACUAUGAAUCAAGCGAAAGGGAGUUUUUCCUCACCCCUGAUGCCACCAGGGGCCGCACCUGAGCGCCCAAUCUCUGUGUGACUAUCUAUGACUUAUGAUAGGCCCAGCCACUAUGGACCUUACACAUCUAAGAAUCCUGGUCCUAACCUACGUUGACCUUAUGACUCUACAUUCUCUGUCUAUCUCUUCUUCCUCUGCCUUCCUGCUUUUUCUGCCUCUCCUCUAUACCUCUCCUUUUAAAUCUAUCUCUAACAAUGUUUUUUCCCAUUUGUUAAGCACUUUGAGUUACAUGCCUUGUAUGACACAG